AUGUCAUCCUCCGGCGGCGACAACCACCGGGCCGAGCCAAAACUAGACGAGCCAACAACACCUAGAGUUCUUACCAUCUUGUCUUGUGUACUAAAGAAGCUAGUGGCACGUAAUGACCAGCUAGUUCUCAGUUUGGCUCAGCUUGGGAAGAGCUUCAACGCCUUCCAUGGCGUGAGAGCCCCAAACAUUACAAUUCCGAAUUAUAUAGAGAGAAUAUACAAAUACACGAAUUGUAGCCCCUCGUGUUUCGUGGUAGGCUAUGUGUAUAUAGACAGGUUGGUGCAUAGGUAUCCCGACUCGCUCGUGGUGUCACUCAAUGUUCAUAGAUUGCUGGUUACAUGUGUUAUGGUGGCUUCCAAGAUUCUCGAUGAUGUGCACUAUAACAACGCAUUUUAUGCCCGUGUUGGUGGAGUGACCAAUACAGAACUAAACAAGCUCGAAAUCGAGCUGCUUUUCCUUUUAGAUUUCAGAGUAACCGUAAGCUCUCGAGUAUUUGAAAGCUAUUGCCAGCACUUGGAGAAAGAAAUGAUGUGUAAUGACGCGACGCGGAAGAUUGAGAGGCUACCGAUUUCCAAUUCAGUUGAUGAUGUUAUUGAAAUAUCUGUCGAAGAUACACAAACUUCUUCACCUCCGCAGAUUGUAGAUUGA